AUGGAACAACAUUCACCUUCCCUUCCCUCUGCCACCCUCGAUGACCUCGACGACGUUGGGACCGAAUUCGCUACCCAGCAAGCCAUGACACUUCAAGCAAGGCCAUCUCUUCGUGAGAGGGUGAACAACACACUCGAGAUCAAUGUCAGAGGGCGCACCAAAACGAGGAAUGCUGUAUUACCUGUAAGGGCAGUGACUCCACGGUUGCACAGGAGAAACACGGCUGAGGUCGAAAUCGACGAGCACCUCUCGCGUUUAGGGCAGGGGCUCUUCGUUGGAUUUAUACUAAAGGGCCGUCCUCUGCCUUCGAAUAUUCCGAUCAUCGCCCACUAUAAAGACGAUUCAGGACGCGAGUUCACACACACCGUAUGUGUCCUCACAGCCGAGGAGGCCUUGGCCCUAAAAGUCUUCGACAAGAGAACAUACGGAGCUACUAAGACUUGCGAACAUCAACUAUGGCUCACGCUCAAACAGGAGAAGGAGGAAGGGGCUAUCAAAGCACACAAAGAGGGCAUGAACGCGGUGGGAUUGACCACGGAACAGAUGGUCUCUGCGAUGAAGUUUAUUCAGAGUGCCUCUUUGUCCGCAGGGAUGCCAGAGAUGUAUGCAUAUUGA